AGAAAAAAAAAAAUUCAGGACAUGGUUUUGGGGAGGAGGAAAACAAAACCAUAGUCGGCUUUCCUGAGUAGAAUUCCUCGUUUGGGAAAGGUUUUGUAUAAUUGACCAAGUAUAACUCAGGGCGUUAUUCACAAAUCGAAGAAAACAAUUCAAUUUCUCAGAUUUUCCAUCAAAUAUAAGUCUAAUGUCUAGAAAAAUGUCGAGGCGAGCAGAUUUGGGCAGCAGCAGUGGAAAUGGCAGCAAUAAUAAUAAGAGGGGGCAGAGCAUAGUCGAAGACUGUGGCGUUCAUAGAACAACCUGCGGUUACUGCAAAUCCAAUGCACGCAACAGUAUUGCCCACGGAUUACUGGCGGACAGUAUUAGUGUGGAUGAUUAUCAAGAUCUUCUGGAUCGUGGCUGGAGAAGAUCUGGUGUGUUUCUUUACAAACCUGAAAUGGAAAGGACAUGCUGUCCCCCUUACACAAUUCGGCUCAAGGUAGAUUCAUUUGUUCCUUCUAAAGAGCAAACACGUGUCUACCGGCGGAUGCAAAGGUUUUUGGAUGGAUCGUAUGAUGGACCAAGGACUGUAGGGGACAUGCAGAAAGAAAGUGCUAUUACACCUGGAAGAUUAUGUAGUUCAACCAUAAAUAUGUUUGCAAAAGCAGAAAUGCAGGGAACUUCUGUGUCUCCUAAGGCAUUAUCAGAUGCACAAAAUUCAAAGACAUCUGAAAUAGAUGAAGAGGCAAUAUAUAUUUCAAGGAAGAUUGAUGAUGUAGUCAAUGCUUGUGUAGAAAGUGAGGAACUUCCUGCUGAUGUUAACUUCCCGAAGGCAGCUGUGAAAAAAGUGACAGUACAGAGGAAGAAGAAAUUGCAAGAAACUUUUAAAGACUUAAAAUACUCUAGUAGUAUUUCAUUUCAAAUUGCAGCCAUCCUGAAUAACAUGAAGCUGCCAGAGAAGUUGAAGAGUGCAUCUGAAGUUUUGGAGCAUGGCCAAGGUCAGCAAGAGAGAUCAAGAGAAGUUUCUGCCAUAGUUGUAGCUGAAAAACUGGCUUUCAAGCUAGAAACGUUUGGAGGGCUUCCUGGUUUCCUUCUACAGGCCUGUAAUGGUUAUCUCAAUUUUUUUUCUUCCGAUGGAAUGCAAGAUUUGGGGCAAAGUUUUUCUAGAAAUACAUCUGCAGUAAAACCAUGUCCUGUACUUCUGUCGAGUAAAAUCAAAGUUGAUGAGAAAAGAGCUGUGUUUUGUGAUGACAAUCAAAGUUCUGAGAAGCAUGAAAGACAGAGACUAGAGAUCCGUUUUAAUAGAUCAUCAUUUGAUCCUCAAGAGUUUGCCUUGUACAAGAAGUAUCAAAUAAAGGUGCACAAUGAUAGACCACAGGAUGUUGAGGAAAGUUCUUACAAAAGAUUUCUUGUAGACACUCCUUUAGUUUAUGUUCCACCAACCAACGACAACACUGUUCCAACUUGUGGCUUGGGUUCAUUUCACCAGCAAUACUUGAUUGAUGGGCAAUUGGUUGCUGUUGGUGUGGUUGAUAUAUUACCUAAAUGUCUUUCAAGCAAGUACCUGUUUUGGGAUCCAGACUUUGCAUUUUUAUCACUUGGGAAGAUUUCAGCUCUAGAAGAAAUAAAAUGGGUGCAGGAGGCACAAAAGCAGUGCCCUUCUCUACAGUAUUAUUAUCUUGGUUACUACAUUCAUUCUUGUCCAAAAAUGAGAUACAAAGCAGCAUAUAAUCCCUCAGAACUAUUGUGUCCUGUUCGCUAUCAGUGGAUUCCCUUCCAAAUUGCAAAACCAUUGCUUGAUGGGAAGCUCUAUGUUUGUCUCUCUGACUAUCCCAAUGCGGAAUCCAUUUUAAGCCAGGAUCAUGAUGGACAGGAUUUAUCUGGACAAGAUGAUCAUGAAAUGGAAGAUGGAUUGGAAAUGUAUGAUGGUGAGCUACUCGAAAUCCCGAAUUCAGAUAGCAGUGAUGAUUCAAUAGGCAUUGAGUAUGGGAUUGCAAAUUCUGAUGGUGAUUUGGCUGCAGAAGAUAUCAGCGGGGUUCUGAUUCAAAUUAAGGGCUUGCAGUUUCGAUUUCAGGAUUUACAGACUUUUGGUCUUAUGGAUCGUGGAACCCCUGAUUCAUUGGUGGGACAUUUGAGGAAAUAUGUCAAAGUAGUUGGUACAGAACUCUCUAAAAGGAUGGCAUACUGCCUAGCCUGAGUACAGAAAGUAUUGUCUACUGGUAAUUGUAUGUAAUUGUAGGCAAUUCUUGUUGUAAUUGUAUGACAUACAUUCAAUCCGUCUGCCUCUAAUGCAGGAUAGAUUUUCUGAAAAAUAAGGCAAAGAUCUAUUUUCAGAAAGUGCUUUACAACAGUUCAAUAUGCAUAUAAAAAUUGUGCAUUCAGGGUUCACUAGUAGUGUUAAGACUUGCCAGUCUUUUACUUUUUGAUGAUCUCUAGUACUGAGCUCUAUCAUCAAUCACAUGUUAUCGGAUAUUGUACCAUUCUAAUCAGUAUUAUGUGCAAUGGUGAAAGAUCAAAGUAUAAGCAGGGGAUUCAACUUUUGUAAAGUCAAACUGAUCUUGAGUGCCUUAUGGGAAUUGUGAAAUAGGUGGAUCAAUUGAGAAUAAUUUUGUUAUAGUCCAAUAGUUUAGUAGACAAAGAUGUCAAUAAUAACGUUAUGAGCUGUCUGGUGAGGCCGUCUUAUAUGUGAAAGGAGCAGCAUUCAGCACAUUGGCUAUGCAGAAACUUGUACUCAGACCAAACACUUGUCUUCCAUAUCUGAGACUCUGGAGAUGUUUCUAAAUCACAAGGAGCUCAAUUGAUGCUUUGUAAUGUUUGUCUUUCAAUAACAUUUAUCGAAAUUUGUAAUGUUAUGAGCUU